AUGUGUAUGUAUGUUCAAAAUGUGGAGAAAACCAUAACAUUUCCUCCUGCAAUCAAUCAACCACCAAAUGUUGUAACUAAGAGACCUACACUGGACAGAAUGUUCGCUUCGACGUCACAAAGAAAUGAUGAUGGUUUACGGCCGUCUUACUAUAUCUCUUUACUUAUAGCAAAAUCCGGAAAACCGCAUACUAUCGGAGAGAAGUUAAUUUUGCCAGCCGUUGAAGAGGUUUUAAAAACUGUUUUACACAAACCUGCAUCUGAUAUCAUUAAAAGAAUUCCAUUAAGCAACAAUACUGUUGAAAGACGUAUUGAUGAAAUGAGUUCUGAUAUUGAAAGCUUCUUAUGUAAUUAUUUACAAACGACCCAUUUCUCUAUACAACUGGACGAGUCAACUUUACCUGAUAAUGCAGCAUUAUUAUUGGCAUAUGUUCGUUUUAUUAUGAAUCAAGAAAUCUACGAAGAUCUGCUCUUCGCAAGAACUUUGAUAACCGACACUAAAGGUGAAUCAAUAUUUCAAGUUUUGAAGGAUUACUUCAUUGAAACAGGAAUUCUUUUAUCAAAUAUAAUAUCAGUAGCUACAGAUGGAGCACCUGCCAUGAGUUUGGCCAUAGAGCUGAAAGGUGUACUGGAGCAGACAGAAGAGGUGAAUGCAGGAACUGUGGCCAGGCAGGACACCAGCGGAAAGACUGCAAGAACACCUCGUUUUGCACUACCUGCAAGACAGCUGGACAUCGAGCAGACCAAAUUAGGAAAAAGCGGCCUCUCCAUAAAAAUCACCUUUGUGCGAAACUAUGCAAGAUGCAGAUACGACCUUUUCGAUAAGGGCGGCACUAUAAGACUUCCUGUUUCAAAAGAAACCAGAGCGGAUGACGACAACGCAGACUCCGGUAGAGAAAAAUGUCCUUUAGAUUUUGGGGAAGAGAGUGAACUUGACUGUUCCAAAGCUUUUAUCGUUGGAAGCGUUGACGUGACAGAGGUUGACGCUACUAGGGAAGAUGAAGAGCAGCGGUUUGUAUUACUAGGUUCUAGAUAA